AACUUGCACCCCUACUACAACAUUAAGGCAUUGCAUAUUAAAAUGGAUAGAUCACCGAAAAAAGAUUAUCCACGAUUUUCAAUAAUCGUAACUCCACAAAAUUUUCCUAAAUAUGGGAGCAAAAUCUCCAUUAUUAAAUAACAUUCUAUAUUAUACGCAUGCUCCAUUUAAUUAAUUUGAUAUAAAAAGACCCUUCCCUCAAUCCACAAAUUAAAACUGAAAACAAAAACUAUAAGCAAAAAACACCAAAAAAAAAAAAAAUGGCUUCCAUUUUUGUUGUGACCAUUCUAUCACUCUCACUUCUAUUCAUCAAUUGUGAAGCAGAUUUGAUAGGCACUAUUUGUGCCAAAUCAGUAAACCCUUCUCUAUGCACCAACAUUCUUCGAUCCGACCCACGUGCUCGUACGGCCGAUCUACGAGGUUUGGGUCAAAUCUUUGUCGAGAAAGCCAAAGCCGCCACACAGGACACGAUUUCCGCGGCUAAAUCGGUCGGUGGGUCGGGGAAACCGGCAGCCGACACUUGUGUGAGUGUUUGUGGCGACGCGAUCGAUAACCUAAACCAAUGCUCCGCGUACUUGAAGUCCUCGGGCAGAGCUAGAGUCGGCGAUUUGCAGACGAAAGGGUCGGCGGCUCUGACAGAUGUCAGCACGUGCGACGACGAGUUUGGAGAUAGCGAGCCGGCUAAUGUGAAGCAAGCCAGCCGCAAAGCGCAGGAUAUCAUCGAUAUGCUUCUAGUGGUUGCGAAUAGUUUGUGAGGGAGAGAGCAAAUGUUGUUGUUUAUUGUGUUUUAUGCAUCGGUUGGUUUGUUGACCAACAAAUAAUAAUGUUCUUUUGAAGGGCAUA